UUCUCCCGUGGGCACCGCGCGCCAGACUCUGGGCACCGCGCCAGCCCCGUUCUAGGGGCCACGACCCGUGCCCGACUUGGGCCAAGGUGCGCUGAGGCCUCGCCUGCGCCGACUCUGAGGGAGUGAGGUCGGGUCGCGUUGGCCGAGCCCCGCCCGGUGGCAGCGCAGGGCUGCGCUCCAGCCGUCGAGGACACCGGCGUGGGCUCCGGCGGGUGCCCUCUGACAGGAGGGGGCCGCCGGACGCACUUGACCGUGGGCGCCGAACGUCCCGGCCGCGCGGCGGGUUUAUGUAAAUCGGGGCUGCGCCCAGCGUCCUAGGUAGGAUGGACCAGCCCCCCGCGCCUCGGGCCUCACGUCCAAUAAGAAGAGCCCCAGCUUGACACCUGCCUAUAUACAGGCGAGCGCGCCCCCGGCCCGCGGACCGCGCGCACAGCCCGCACAGCCCACGCCGCGGGCGAGCGAGACCCGGCCCGCCACCAUGACUUCCAGUAAGAUCGAGAUGCCCGGCGAGGUGAAGGCAGACCCUGCCGCCCUCAUGGCGUCCCUGCACCUCUUGCCGUCGCCCACGCCCAACCUUGAAAUCAAGUACACCAAGAUUUUUAUUAACAAUGAGUGGCAGAACUCAGAGAGUGGAAAAGUGUUCCCUGUCUAUAAUCCAGCCACAGGAGAACAGGUGUGUGAAGUUCAAGAAGCAGACAAGGCAGAUAUAGACAAAGCAGUGCAGGCAGCCCGCCUGGCUUUCUCUCUUGGAUCGGUGUGGAGAAGGACAGAUGCUUCAGAAAGAGGACGUCUGUUGGAUAAACUUGCAGACCUGGUAGAAAGAGACAGGACAGUUCUCGCAACCAUGGAAUCCCUAAAUGGUGGCAAACCGUUCCUGCAAGCUUUUUACGUGGAUUUGCAGGGAGUCAUCAAAACCCUUCGGUAUUAUGCAGGCUGGGCUGACAAAAUCCAUGGGAUGACCAUCCCUGUAGAUGGAGACUAUUUUACCUUUACAAGACACGAGCCCAUUGGAGUGUGUGGACAGAUCAUCCCAUGGAACUUCCCCCUGCUGAUGUUUGCCUGGAAAAUUGCUCCAGCUCUAUGCUGUGGCAAUACAGUAGUUAUUAAACCAGCAGAACAAACACCGCUCAGCGCGCUCUACAUGGGAGCCCUCAUCAAGGAGGCUGGCUUUCCACCGGGAGUCAUCAAUAUUUUGCCAGGAUACGGGCCAACGGCUGGGGCAGCGAUUGCUUCUCAUAUUGGCAUAGACAAGAUUGCAUUCACAGGGUCGACUGAGGUUGGAAAGCUUAUCCAAGAAGCAGCUGGAAGAAGCAACUUGAAGAGAGUAACUCUGGAACUUGGAGGGAAAAGUCCCAAUAUUAUUUUUGCAGAUGCUGAUUUGGACUACGCUGUGGAGCAGGCUCACCAGGGCGUGUUCUUCAAUCAAGGCCAGUGCUGCACCGCGGGCUCUCGCAUCUUUGUAGAGGAGUCCAUCUAUGAGGAGUUCGUGAGACGGAGUGUGGAGCGGGCCAAAAGACGCAUAGUGGGAAGCCCUUUUGACCCGACCACUGAGCAGGGACCCCAGAUUGAUAAGAAACAGUACAACAAGAUCCUGGAGCUCAUCCAGAGUGGAGUGGCUGAAGGCGCCACGCUGGAAUGUGGAGGAAAAGGACUGGGCCGAAAGGGGUUUUUCAUCGAGCCCACAGUGUUUUCCAACGUCACUGAUGACAUGCGGAUUGCCAAGGAGGAGAUCUUUGGCCCUGUUCAGGAAAUUCUGAGGUUUAAGACCAUGGAUGAAGUUAUUGAGAGGGCCAAUAAUUCAGAGUUUGGACUCGUAGCAGCGGUCUUUACCAAUGACAUCAACAAGGCCCUCACAGUAUCUUCUGCAAUGCAAGCUGGGACUGUUUGGAUCAAUUGUUACAAUGCCCUGAAUGCUCAGAGCCCCUUUGGGGGAUUCAAGAUGUCUGGAAACGGGAGAGAAAUGGGAGAAUUCGGUUUGCGAGAGUACUCCGAAGUCAAGACUGUGACAGUAAAGAUCCCCCAGAAGAACUCUUAAGAAGACCAAGAAGGAUGGUGAAAGCCAGCCUACACGACUUUCCCUGUGGAGCCCAGCUCUCAGGAAUCCAAAGUCGAUACUUGGUUCUUAUUUAAAACUUUAAAUGAUAAUAUGUAGGCCAUGCCGGUCACUGCAUUACUAAAGCAAACCAGCUGGACAGGGUUUCUUGGCACUCUGUUUGGGAUCACUUUAAAGAUACCAAAUAUUAGGGAAAGUGGGGUGAAGGAAAGAGGAGUCGCUCUCCGGCACAUCCUGUGUCUGGACCGAGGGGUUGAAUAAGGGAGCUCUAUUAUUUGAUGCCUUUUGCCACAAAGAACUUUCCUCUUGAGGAAAAGUAGCCUUUCCAUUGUCUUCAUCUUCCCCCUUCCCAGCUCUCCAUGCUCACCCACCCCUCCUGCUCCUCCAAGAAGAUCUAGCUAAACUCAUUUGGGGCAGAUGUUUGGGCCGGGAACAAUUUUCCAAGGUUUUGCAGCCAAAUUACCGUUUCAUGUUAUCCAUUUCUUCAAAGCAAAACAUGAAAUGGUUUUAGUUAGAGCCAGACCAGACUGAAAAUGCCAGGAGCUGGUACACUGCAGAUGUACUAAGAAGUAAGAACUUGGGAUAUUCCUGACCCAAUCUAGUUUUCUUACAUCCAUCAGUGAGUGAAAGACCAGGAAAAUGGAGAUCAUCAUGUGUAGGUUGUAGCGUCAGAAAUUGUUGCAUGGUUUUGGGAGGUGGGUGGAUGUGUGUGUAUGUAUACGUGCACAUUUAAUUUUUCUUGGUUAUUCUGGAAUAAAGCAGGGAAUGGAUUGUUUUUCAUAUAUUGAUAAGAUCUUCUCCAAAGUUUAUCUUUAAGAGCAACCAAAAAACAAUCUAAGUAGCCUCAAGAAUUUGGAAAAAGUAAUGUUGGGUGCCUUCCAGAAAUAAUUCCUGACAAUUUUUAUUACGUGAAUUAUCUUUAUAACUUUUUCUGUUCCCUAGCAACACCUGCUACGUCCAGUGUUUUGGGGGGUGACUUGAGUUUAUCAUGCUCCAGUGUGCCCUAAAUCCACUGACAGUAACCUUGGCAAGUCUAACCAAGCCUAGAGGUUUCCUUUUCCAUCUGCAGAGCACCACAUCCCUACUCACUGUGCCCCCUGAGGGCUCCCACAGCAUGGCCAGUGGCUCAUCACAGUGUUCUGCUUCUCACCUGUUGAGGGGGACACCGAAGUCGCCAUCUCCCUUUCCUCCCAGCCACUCUCUUUUGCUUUCCGAUGAAUCCACCAGUUUCAUGAGGGCAGUGUUGGCUUCUUCUUCUUCCUUCUUUCCAGCUGCCAAAUCCAACUCAGUGUCUAACCUAGAUGAAGAUCAUAUAUUUAAAAGUACCAGACAUAACCUAGAGUAUAAGAACUAUGGGAACACAUAUAUAGCCUGCUGUAUUUAACAGUUUUCUGCUUCUAACAUACCAAUUUUCUAUUUAUAAUCCUUGUCUGUGAUGUUUAAAGAAAUUUCUCCUUGCUGUUACUUACAAAUGACAGUGCAUUCAGUGGCCUGAUGCCUCGAGAGUUGCCACAGUUCUGAGUCCUUCAUGUGAAUGCUGUGCUCUCUUCCCGUAGCGUGUGUCCAAGUGAACAUAUCCAUUAACUGGCUAGUUACCUUUGAACUGCAAUAUAGACUGUGAAAAUGAAGAUUUAUUUCUUUUAAUUUACUUAAAAAGAAACCUCUGUGCUAGCAAUAAAGCAUUUAUAUUGUGUA